AUGCUUAAAUUUUACAGAACGUUAUUAUCAGGAGAUAAACCUGAAGGCGUAUUCCGCAUCAGAAAUCCAAAAGCGAUCCUUGUUUCAGAAGAAGUGGAGCGUCUCCUGCGGGAAUACACUCAAAAUCAGGAGUUGGUGAGAAAUAUCGGCGCGCAUUACUACCAAAUAAUUUAUCCCGUGCAGCUGCGACACCACGAGAAAAUGGGCAUCUCCACCCGGGAGGUCAACACGCCGAAGGGUCGCUAUGGACCAGAUUACCAGGGUGUUAGCCGACCACGCUCAAGGACGGGAAAGCAUUACCAUCGUACUUCGCUUCUCAUCAAGGCUUUCAAUCACAAGUUCAGACUGGAUCUCGAGCUUAACACGUAA